AUGUCUGAUGCAGAUUUCGAGACGAUCAAGAGGCUCCAGCAGGAGCGCAACGCUGCGGCAGCCGCCUCCAAAGGCUCCCGCGCGUUGGCAGCCUCGAAUCAACGCAAUGACUCGACGAAGCAGCGGCUCACCGACAGCGCAGACAACGACCUGUACGACCGACAGGAAGCCGACAAGUUUGCGGGAUACCACACGUCUCUGCCAAUGGGAGAUGAUGACGAUGAGAUGCAAGAUGGAGACAACACGCGUAGACUCGUUGGUCAGUACACGGCAUCUCGUGAGAUGAUUGACGAGUUUGCCCGCGGCGAUGGCGUUGAAGAAGAUGAUAUUCUGGCUGGCAAGGGCGAGAAGAGCGGACGCAUCACCGACCGUGAGACGGAUUAUCAGAAGCGACGGUUCAAUCGCGUGCUCACGCCGACUCGAGCUGAUCCCUUUGCUGAGAACCGAGCAGCUGGUGCUGCAGAGAAUGGGACCAGCUAUCGAGAAAUCAUGGAGCUGCGCGAGCUUGAACGCGAGGAGGAGCGUGUGAAGCAAGCCAUCAAAGCCAAGUUGGAUGAUGACAGUGGCGAAGACGCAAAGCCAACACUCGCUGAUCAUGACAAGGAAAACGCAGAGGCGGGCUCGACGGAGGCCGUCACGUCGGUACGCAAGCGUAAGAAGCGAUGGGAUGUCUCAUCGGCGCCUGCUGGAGAAGAGGAAGUAAAGGAGGAGAAUGGGGAUGCAGUCAAGCCCAAGCGCUCCCGGUGGGAUCAGACACCCUCUGUUCCGGGACCAGAUGCUAUGGACGCCCCCAAGAAACGCUCGCGAUGGGAUCAAGCGCCAUCUGCAACACCCAUGGGCAACCAGGGGCUUGCAACUCCCAUGCAUCAGUCCCAGGCAACCUCGAUGCCUACGACCUUUGGAACUGACAUCUCUGGACGGAACAUGCCACUGAGCGACGAAGAGCUUGACCUGCUCUUGCCAGGCGAAGCCGAGGGUUACAAAGUGCUUGACCCCCCUCCUGGAUAUGAACCUGUUCGGGCUCCAACUCACAAGAUCAUGGCCACUCCGGCACCUCAGACUGGCUUCAUGAUGCAGGACCCUGACCAAGUCAGACUUGGUGGAAAGCCGAUGCCAGCUGAGAUUCCCGGAGUGGGAGACUUGCAGUUUUUCAAGCCCGAGGACAUGGCGUACUUUGGUAAGCUUACAGACGGCUCUGAUGAAAACGCCCUCAGCGUGGACGAGCUCAAGGAGCGAAAGAUUAUGAGGCUGCUUCUCAAAAUCAAGAACGGAACCCCGCCCAUGCGAAAGACGGCUCUUCGACAGAUUACGGACAAUGCCAGGCAGUUCGGCGCCGGUGCCCUUUUUGACCAGAUUCUCCCCCUGUUGAUGGAAAAGUCGCUGGAAGAUCAGGAGCGACAUCUGCUCGUCAAGGUCAUUGACCGAAUUCUCUACAAGCUGGACGACUUGGUCCGCCCUUACGUGCACAAGAUCCUUGUCGUUAUCGAGCCACUUUUGAUUGAUCAAGACUACUAUGCCAGAGUCGAAGGUCGUGAGAUUAUUUCCAACCUCAGUAAAGCAGCAGGUCUCGCCACCAUGAUCAGCACAAUGCGGCCGGAUAUCGACCAUGUUGACGAGUAUGUCCGUAACACGACCGCCCGAGCAUUUGCUGUUGUUGCCUCUGCCCUCGGAAUUCCCGCUCUGCUGCCUUUCCUCAGAGCUGUGUGCCGAAGCAAGAAGUCUUGGCAAGCCAGGCACACUGGAGUCAAGAUCGUCCAGCAGAUUCCCAUCCUCAUGGGAUGCGCGGUGCUGCCUCACCUUAAGGGUUUGGUAGACUGCAUCGCCCCCAACCUGAGCGAUGACCAGACCAAAGUUAGAACCGUUACGAGUCUGGCCAUUGCCGCCCUUGCUGAGGCUUCCAACCCAUAUGGUAUCGAGAGUUUCGACGAUAUCCUCAACCCACUGUGGACUGGAGCCCGCAAACAACGAGGAAAGGGACUGGCUGGUUUCCUCAAGGCUGUGGGAUACAUCAUCCCCCUCAUGGACGAAGAGUACGCCAAUUACUACACUAGUCAAAUCAUGGAGAUUCUGCUACGAGAGUUUUCCUCCCCAGACGAGGAGAUGAAGAAGGUGGUGUUGAAGGUGGUGUCUCAGUGCGCAGGCACAGAAGGAGUGACAGCCGGCUACCUAAAGGAGCACGUCUUGGACGAGUUCUUCAAGAGCUUCUGGGUGCGGCGAAUGGCUCUGGACAAGCGAAACUACAAGCAAGUCGUUGAGACCACAGUGGACAUUGGCCAAAAGGUUGGCGUGAGUGAGAUCCUGGAGAGAAUUGUCAACAAUCUCAAGGAUGAGAGCGAGGCCUACCGAAAGAUGACGGUAGAGACGGUUGAAAAGGUGGUGGCCAGUCUCGGUGCCGCAGAUAUCGGCGAGCGUCUCGAGGAACGCCUGAUUGAUGGUAUCCUUCACGCGUUUCAAGAACAGAGUGUCGAGGACAUUGUUAUGCUCAACGGCUUUGGUUCAGUGGUCAACGCUCUGGGAACACGCUGCAAGCCCUACCUGCCACAAAUUGUCAGCACAAUCCUAUGGAGACUGAAUAACAAGUCCGCCACUGUCCGACAGCAAGCUGCGGAUCUCAUCUCUCGAAUCGCCAUGGUCAUGAAGCAAUGCGGAGAGGAUGCUCUCAUGGGCAAGCUGGGCAUUGUCCUGUACGAGUACCUCGGAGAAGAGUAUCCCGAAGUUCUCGGAUCGAUUCUGGGAGCUCUGCGAUCCAUUGUCACGGUCGUGGGUAUUUCUCAGAUGCAGCCUCCUAUCAAGGAUUUGCUCCCUCGAUUGACCCCUAUUCUACGUAACCGACACGAAAAGGUGCAGGAGAACACGAUUGAUCUGGUGGGACGUAUUGCCGACCGAGGCCCUGAGAGUGUCAAUGCUCGAGAGUGGAUGAGAAUUUGCUUUGAGCUUCUUGAUAUGCUCAAAGCUCACAAGAAGGGAAUCCGUCGAGCGGCAAACAACACGUUUGGUUUCAUUGCCAAAGCCAUCGGUCCCCAGGAUGUCUUAGCCACGCUGCUGAACAACCUGAGAGUACAGGAGCGACAGUCUCGUGUCAACACCGCCGUUGCCAUUGGUAUCGUCGCCGAAACUUGUGCCCCGUUCACUGUCCUGCCGGCCCUGAUGAACGAAUACCGCGUGCCUGAGCUCAACGUCCAGAACGGUGUGCUCAAGUCCUUGUCCUUCCUGUUUGAAUACAUUGGCGAAAUGGCAAAGGAUUAUGUCUACGCCGUCACGCCUCUGCUUGAAGACGCCCUCACAGAUCGAGAUCAAGUGCAUCGACAGACGGCCGCGUCGGUAGUCAAGCAUAUUGCGCUCGGUGUGGUUGGUCUUGGUUGCGAAGACGCCAUGAUUCACCUGCUCAACCUGCUGUAUCCCAACCUCUUCGAGACCAGUCCCCACGUCAUUGACCGUAUCAUCGAAGCCAUUGAGGCCAUUCGCGUGGCUGCAGGUCCUGGCUUGGUGCUCAACUACGUCUGGGCUGGACUCUUCCACCCAGCGAGAAAAGUGCGAACGCCGUACUGGCGAUUGUACAACGAUGCCUACGUGGCUGCGGCCGAUGCCAUGGUGCCAUACUAUCCCAACUUGGACGACGACAUUUCAGACCGACCAGAACUGGCCAUUAUUCUAUGA